AUGCGGUCCCAUAUGCCUAAUGCUGCGAACAAACUCCCCAGGCGGAAAGGUAUCACCAGAUACACUAGAGCAGCGUUUGUUUUAACUACAGCUGCCUUGAUCAUUCUUUUCGACUUGGGUCUCCCUGUGGUUUUCGCAAACGACAUUAACAUGAAAGUCAGACUCUACACCAACAAUAUUCGCUACGACAACAAGAACCUCGUUCCAGGAGAGCAUGCGUGGAAAGAGCGUGAGCCCUUGGUGAGCGAGAGCAUCAGGUUCCACACCCAGGCUGGUCCUUCUGUGGUGUGCUUGCAGGAGGUGCUCCAUAACCAAUUGGAAGAUAUUUUGAAAGACUUGAACCUGGGCAAUGAUGGGCAAUGGGAUUACUAUGGCGUGGGGAGGACAGACGGGAAGCAGGCAGGCGAGUAUGCGCCAAUUCUCUUCAAGACAGCCGAUUGGAAGGCCGUUGACAAGAAGACGUACUGGCUUAGUCCUACCCCCGACACGCCUUCGAAAGGCUGGGACGCUGCGUUGGAAAGAAUCGUCACCACGGUUGUGCUCGAGCUGAAGCACGAAGGUGGACAAAAAGUGAAGGUGUUGAACACCCACUUUGACCACAAGGGUGUGGAGGCGAGAAGACAGCUGGCGAAGUUGAUCAUGAGCAAGAUGGAGCAGGGCCCGGAGCCGGCGUUCUUGUGUGGUGACUUCAACACUGAGCCCACUGACGAGCCUUACAAGCUUUUGACUGAGGGCGGAUUCAAGGAUUCUCGAAUUCAAGGCGUUGGCUACGGCUACAAGUCGACCUUCACCGACUUCAACCACGACAAGGAGGCCAACACCAUCAUUGAUUACAUUUGGGCGGAUCACAAGAGCCAUUGGCAGACGUACGGUGUGGUGCCAAACUACUUUGACUUUUACAUGAGCGACCACAGACCUGUGAUUGCUGAUUACACGAUUGGUGGCCUCGCGUCCAGAUCUGGCCAUCCUCACAAGGCUGAACCUUUAAAGUCUUCUAUUGAUGAUGAAAGAUCCCUUGAUAUCGCAUCACUUGAUAUCGCCGUUGGUGUCCACACCGAGCAAGCUGGUUCAGAUGAAGCACAACAGCAGGCACUCGCUGACAACGGCGAGCAGGUGGCUUCUGGGGAUGAGACGUGCAAAAGCAUCUUCGCCAAACUACCGCCCCAAGUGUGCAAAGAGUUCGAUAAGAGAACAGUUCUUCUUGAAUACAAAAUUCGCCCAAUUCGUACAGAUGAGGCUGAAAGGGAUACAUUUGUGGAUGAGUUAAUGUCCUUUAUCGACAUGCUCGAAGAGUAUGGCAACAAAGCAUCAAUGGAAUUCAUCACCGUGCUCAAGAAGUUUGCUCAACUGUUGGCUGAUGAAAGAUUAAUGGAUAUCUACUUUGAAUGGGGUACAAGCGCUGAAAUCAUGCUCUAUUUCUCGAAUAUUAUUUUGCAUCUCGAAAUAGAAGAUGUAGAGAGCGUUCUCGCUGUUGCCAGAAAAGCUUACAAGCAACGCUGCCGCCAACAAGCGUUUUGGUUGCUUGUAAGGAGGAACGUCUAA